AUGGAAAGAUGUUUUCUCAUCCACCAGCAAAACGUGGUCGAUCUAAUUCGUGGGGACAACAAGAAAUUAGAAGAGAUCUAUCCCCGGCUGGUAUCAGGCGGUGAUUUUGAGAUAUUAAGGAGUGGUUUAUCACCCAAACAUUUGUAUCUUGUUACCCCUCCGCCAAAUAUUGGAUAUUCUGUCCACUUUCUUCGUGAUAGUUCUGGCCUAGGGCAGGCAAUUGCAUAUAUUAGACCAGUUCAAGCUGAUCUAGAUUCCUCAUCUUUGGAAACGAAGGAUCACGCUCAUGCAGGAGAUGCUCCAGAAAACGAGGAUAUAUCUAUUGCACCAACAGUGAAAUGCUUAAAUUGCUCAGUGCAGAUUCCAAUGAACUCAAUCAGGAAUCAUAUGGUUGAAUGUGGAAUGGACAAUCACCAUAAACAAUUUGAGAAGGUCAAGAUCAAUGUAUGCUAUAAGCUUGCAUUAAUUCCUAUUACACAUUUACUGUCAAAAUGUCACACUGUUUUUUGUUUACCUGCUUAUUUUGAAAAUUGAAUGAAUAAUUUUUUAUCAGGAAAGUUUUUCUGGAACUCCAUUAAUGUCUGAACUGUAUGAAAUGUUUCCUGACCUUCAUGAUACUGUCAUAGAAGAAGCUGUAAGAGUUUGUGAGGGAGACAUUGAAGUGGCAGUUUCAUCAUUGUUGGAUCACAGUAAGUACUUACAUCAUUAUAUCAAGUUCCAUGUAUGGGAUUAUCAAUAUAUUUUUGUCGUAGCAUAGACUCCAUUAAGGCUGAAUGGCAGAUGUGAAAAGACAAAUAUUUUAUUUUUCAUUUUUUUAAUAACUACCUCCAGAUAAUGAAUGGAUUAAUGUGUUUAUACAUGUACUGUAACUUCAAUUAUAAAGACAAAGGAAUAUUACUUAAAGAGGAGAUGCCUAAUUAUGAUGCUGUUGAUAGCGCAGACUCAGAUUCAGAAAAUCUUCAACAGGCAACAGAAGUUUGUCUGCAAGAAGGUACGAAGGAAUUAAUAGGUACAUACAUGCUGCUAAACACUCAUAAUUGCAUCAUAAUUGUAGCAUUUAUCGUAAUUAUUUUCAAAAGAAACGAGAGUGAUGUGUGAUUUAGGUGUGACGUUUUUAGUUGU